AUAAAUUUACGAUAAGGAAAGUAACCUACAGCCCUUAUUCAAGGAUGCGCGUGCGAGCGUAAAAAGCGUGGGUUUUUAUUUUUAUGUGAAUUGUUUUAGCUUAUAAAAUUUUUUAUCAUCCGGGUUGAUUAGCACCACCACUGUAGAGAGCAUGUUUCUCUCAGUUACCUGGGCGACUGCUCUCCUCACGGGGGUCUUCUCAGCGCUCCUCGCUCAGCGCCUGUGCUUCCCUUACUUUUGGAAAGACCUCUUCUACCUGCUGAAGGUGAUCCGCUAUGGCGCUCUGCUGGAGUUUUAUAAGCGCACCAAGAUCGUCACUGUCCUGGACAGGUUCGUGCAGCAGGCGCAGCGAAUCCCAGACAAGACUUUUCUAAUUUUCGAAGGCGCGACUUACACCUACCGCCAGAUAGAGGAGAGGAGCAACAAGGUGGCUCAGGUGUUUGAGCAGCAGGGGACCGUGAGGAAGGGCGACACGGUGGCGAUGCUGAUGAGCAACGAGCCCGACUUCGUCUCCGUCUGGUUCGGCCUGAGCAAGCUGGGCUGCGCCGUGGCUUUCCUCAACACCAACAUCAAAUCCAGAUCUCUGCUACACUGUUUCAACGCGUGUGGAGCCAAACUGCUGGUGGUUGGGGCAGACCUGUUGGACACCCUACAGGACAUCCUGCCCAAUCUUCAUGAGGACAAUAUCUCGGUAUGGGCAAUGAAGAAUGAGAUCUCCCAUCCUGGUGUACACUCUCUACUAGAUAAGCUAGAGAACGCCUCACCUGAGCCCAUACCAGCUGAGCGCAGAUCUACAGAUUCACUGAAGAACGCAACACUUUAUAUCUUCACUUCAGGAACCACUGGUUUACCCAAGGCUGCAGUGAUCACUCAUCUGCAAUCUCUAAAGGCAGCAGGUGGGUUCUGGGCAUACGGCGGCAAAUCGGAGGACGUGAUCUACACCCCACUGCCUCUCUACCACAGUGCAGCCUCUCUCGUUGGCAUCGGGGGCACCAUAGAGUUGGGUGCAACCUGUGUUCUAAAGAAGAAGUUCUCAGCCUCACAGUUCUGGAAUGACUGCAGGAAGUUUGACGUUACUAUCUUCCAGUACAUCGGGGAGCUGUGCCGUUAUUUGUGCAAUCAGCCCAAGGGGGAGAACGAGAAGGAUCAUAAAGUUUAUAUGGGUGUAGGGAACGGCCUUAGGCAGGACGUGUGGAAGGAGUUUCACCAGCGCUUUGGGGAGAUCCGGAUGUGUGAACUGUACGGGUCCACUGAGGGAAACCUCUGCUUCAUGAACCACAUUGGCAAGAUAGGAGCAGUUGGUCGAUCCAACUUCUUCUACAAGCUUCUGUUUAAGUAUGAUCUGGUGAAAUAUGACCUGCUGAGAGAAGAGCUUGUGAGAGAUGAACAGGGUUUCUGUCAGCGGGUUAAAAAAGGUGAAAUGGGGCUGCUGUUGUCUAGGAUCAGCUCCCAGAGUCCUUUCUUUGGUUACGCCGGGAGCAAACAGCUGACCGAGAACAAGCUCCUGAGGAACGUGUUCGUGAAAGGAGACGCCUACUUCAACACUGGAGACCUGAUGGUGGAGGAUGAGGAGAAUUUCAUCAGCUUUAAGGACAGAGUGGGUGACACGUUCAGGUGGAAGGGGGAAAACGUGGCGACUACAGAGGUGGCCGAGAUUCUGGGGCUUGCAGACUUUAUUCAGGAAGUCAAUGUGUACGGUGUGGAGGUUCCAGGGCAUGAAGGUCGAGCUGGCAUGGCAGCGAUCAUCGUGAGGCCUGAGUGUGAGUUUGACGGGAAGAAGCUGUUUGAGUGCGUCUUUGCACACCUACCAGCCUACGCUCGUCCGUUCUUCAUCAGAAUACAGGAGUCUAUGGAGAUGACCAGCACAUUCAAGCAGCAAAAGUUCCGUCUGGUAAAGAGCGGAUUCAACCCCUCCACCAUCAGUGACCCGCUCUACUUCUUGGACUACACAGAGAAGAGCUACAUUCCUCUCACAGACUCCAUCUAUGAAAGCAUAAAGGCAGGCCAGCGAAAGCUCUAGCCCUGAAUCAGCUCAAAGGCUGGAAGCUGCGGCGCUACAAAGGAUGAUCUUAGAUGUGGCCAACUCAUUUGUAGUGUUGUAUAUUUGAUGGGGGCUGAGAGCAACACAAGAUGGCCGUCACUCUGAAUAAUGGAUUGCGUCCUCCUUUGUGAGCAUUUCACACAGACAGCGUAGGUUAAUAAUAAAUUAGAAAGUUUUAAUGACUUGCGUGACCUUUUGCAGAGAGCAGGUAGACUGAUCUGCUGGAUAAAGAAGAAUUAGUCUGCCUCGAUCUCAACAGAGCCAGUCUGGUGUCGGGUUCUGUCGACCCAUCAGCCGCAGUAGUCUGCCUGGCGAAGUCUUAGAAAGCUCAAUAGUGUGCAUUAACUUUAUCCUUCAUCAUUAUAUUCAUAUUCAUAUACAUAUUCAUAUUCCCCUCAGCUCGCUCUCUCAGGUGGUCAUCAGUCACCAGUAGACAUUAGCACAGAAAACAGACAAACAGACACAGCUGCUACCAUCACAAAACUUGAAGCCCAUCUAAACCUGCUUUACAUGUAUAACAUUCCAGUAUAUUUAAAACUACCCUCUUUAACUGCAUGUCUUUGUAUAGGUGUAUACUAAUACUCUGCUUUGAAGCUCAUGUUCAUUUAACUAAAGAUGGCACUGAGCUGAUAUCUAGUACUGGUCUAAUAUCAGCAGAACAUUCUUCAUUGAUCUGAUACUGAAGAGGGGGAAAAUAGAAUGAAUCUGUUUGAUCGUAGCUGUGUAUGUUUUGGAUUUUGGGCCUUAUCUUUGUAAGAUUGUAAGUUAGGCCCCUAUUAGUGCCACAGCCAUUUGUGUCCGGGAGUCCUAAAAAUGCACAGCUGGCCUUGGUUUCUCUCUAGGUGGGUAUGAGAGCACCAACAUCGCUGAGGAUGAUACUAGCAAGCCAGCUGAUAAAACAAAAUUGGCAGUAAGUGUUCUUCUGACAAGAAAAAAGUAAGAUGUAAAUGCUGCUUGUCUGUGCAUGUAUACCAGUGGUAUGAUACAAAUUGUUGAAUUUGUAUAGUUGUUGCUUAAUAGUUACACCAAAAGUACUCAAAACAAACAGAGAUUUAGUUUUUUUCUUAUUUCCAGCUUUCAAAAGUAGCAGAACAGCUGUAUUCUGAAAACACUGAGUAAACCUGAGUACCUGAGUAAAACUGACAGCAUCAGAUUAAUCGGUAUCAUGAACAGUGACAUGAGGAUCUUCUUCUUUUUGUUGUCAAUAUGCUAAAUCUUGGAGGUACAAACAAUUAGAUAUUUAAUUAUUUACUCACUCAAUCACUGCACACAUGUAACAGUUUACAGUUUGUAAUAAACAGUUAAUGUCAAUACCUUGAAAUAACAAGAUCUGGAAUUGGCCUAAAUCAACCAAAAGGAUUUUACUGUAACAAUAAACCUGUGCUUCGUAUCAAGAUGAAAACCCUGACCAUACCACAUUCCAGAAUGACCACAGAGUGUAACUGGUUUUACAGACCUAAUAGAACACUGGUCUGACCAGUGUCAGUAGCUAGCUAACUUUUCGCUAUCAGUUUGUCUCAGUAGCUAGCUAGCUAACUUUCCUGUUCCACCUUAACUUUUGCAACAGAUAGCAGAGGUUGGCGUAGAAGAAUUAAAUAAAAUAAAAGCUAAUAAAAGCUCAUUUAAGCUUACUAUCACUGAGGAAUUAAGAAAUAGACAAUAAUAAUUUGCUGCAGUAGCUGCCCCCUUUUAAAAAACAUACGAGACCCUAAAGUUAACUAGUUAACCAGCAGCAGUUAGGUUGCUGAACUUUAGAGCUCCACUGAUAUAGCACUAUAUCUGUAUCAGGUGCUUGUAUCGGGUUGUCCCAAUUUAUAGGGGGAGGAUUUACUUAUUUUAUUUUGGCGAGAGAAUUGCAUAAACCUCACUCGACAGAGCUGACAUGGCCAUUAAGGCAAAUUGACACAUAACCACGUAUCUGAAAGGAAAAGAUGCACGCUGUAAUCUUUGGCUGUGAAUGGAAAGUCAGAGGAGGAAGGGCCAUAAAGCCAUAGUUUCUUACACCUUUAAUAUUCAACUUUUAAAUUUCAAAGGUUUUAGGCCGGUAGGAGAUGUUUGUUAUUUUGUUUGAUUGUUUGUUUGUUGGCCUUCUAAACUGUUCUAAGUUUUAUCAGAAAAUUAUAAAUUUAGCCUUUUUUUCAAUUAAAUGCAGACUGUGAGCUUUAAUGAAUUGAUAAUAUUUCAUUUUUAAUCAUUUACAAAUUAUGCCACAUUGUAUGUAUCCAACAGCUGCUUCUCUGAGAACUGCAGCUGCAGAUCUACAUAUGCAGACUAAUAUAUCUGUCUAAUAGCUUCCAAAUUCAACUGUGCCACUGCUUUCUGUGCCCUACAGAGAAAUAAGUGCACAUGUACAAAAUAAGCCAUAUUUUCUAAAACAAUUAGUAGUGAAAAUAAGUAAAAAAUACAUACUAACCGAAUAACAAACUGGCACCAAAUAAAAGCACUGAAGAUGGCUUUAAAGAAAAUGGUAUCAAAGGAUUACUGGUUUUGUCAGUUAACCCUUUCAGACCCUGUACCCAUUGUAAUGGAUUUAAUGUGCUUUCUUUUUUGUAUGAGCCCCAAGUAAAAUGGCUUCCCAAUCGAUAACUCUUCACCGCUUCGUGAUUGCUGAAGUUUCAUAUUUUGCCGGCUGCAGAAAUGACAAACCUGUCUGGCUGGCUGCUGUCAGCAACUAGUGGGAGGAGCCUGCUUGAGGGGGAUUCUGACAACAAUGUUUUUGUACUUUUCUGCAUUAGGUUUCACAGAAUUUAAAGGGGUCCCCACACAGUUUGUUGUUGCAUUUUAUUCAUAACUAGUCACUGUCUUGGGGCCCCAGGCCUUCUUGGAGCCCUAGGCAAUUGAUUGGUUUGCCCAAUGGCUGCCAGGAUUGGCAAUGGAUGAAGUGGGUUUGACUUUAAAUCAAUGAAUGAAUGGAGCAUAAUUCUGGUCUGAAAGGGUUAAUAGGAAAAUACCAAUAGUGGUUUCAAACCUUAAAAGCCCACUGUAAACAAUUAGCCUAUUUUAUAAAUUUGAACACACUAUAUCAGAUAUGUAAGAGGUUAAUUAUAUUCAAUAGUAUGUCCCCUGCAGAAAGAGUGAUUGAGAGGGAAUGUUUACUGUAGAGCUGUGGGUUGCCCAAUCCUGCUUUUGGAGAUCUACCUCCCAGCACAGUUUAGCCUCAGUCGUAAUCUCACAGUAAUUAGAACCACCAGGGUGGUAGAUCUCUGCUGGGCACCCGUGCUGUAGUGCAUCAGCAGACCACUGAUUUAUGACUGUGUGAGAAUCAGUGUCUUCAGAAAAAGCUUAAAAUAUGUUGUUGUUUUUUUUUUGUUUGUUUUAUUAAAAUUGACAUUGCGUUGUUUUGUUUUUCUUGUUAAUAUGGGUGUUAAUAUGACUUUCAGGGUUUUGUGCUAUAAUGGAAUAAUGUAUUUUUAAUUACUUUUUUAAAAAUGUUUUGCUUAAGAGAGUAAUUUUUUAAAUGAUGCUGAAUACAUAAAUAUCUAUAAGCUGUCUCCUGCCCCUGUGCAGUAAUAAAUGGGUCUUUUGUUAUGGAGUCUUCACGGAAACACAGCUACUGUAUCUGCAGCUGGCACAAACUGUUAGGACCACUGUAAUACAAAGGUAACACCAGUCAUUAAUAAAGGUUUUUGAUUGGUUAA